CUGGAUAUUCGGGUGCAGUCAGAGGCGCCUGUAGUUGGGCUGCAGGAGGAGCAGAAGAGGAGCAGCAGAGGAGCAGAAGAGGAGCAGCAGCCGGUGCGCCAACAUGCGGACUGAGAGCAGCGACCUGCGGGCCGCUGAGCCGUCUCACCGGGACCUGCUGACCGGGGCAGCUCGGGGCUGAGUCCUCUCCGGAUCAUGGACUGUGACGCGUCUCUCUGAUCCACCAGCUCAAGUCUGAAAGUUACUGACAAGUUUUGGAGCGCUCGCGCGGUUCCUCCCCCGGUGUGAGCGCUGCGUCUGCUGCGCGCGCUCGGCUCUGACUUGGAUAUCUCCCGCGGGGCGCGCGUGUGUUUCUCGUGGAGGAUUACCUGUGAACACUGUGACGGGGUCGCCUGGAGCCGCUCACAUGGAUCACUCGUGUUACCUGUGGGCUGUGUUUGUGCUCGUGCUCUCUCUGGGCUUCAGGAUAGAGGAGGGCAUGUGCCAACACUACUAUCUCCUCCGGCCCAUCCCCAGUGACACUCUGCCCAUACUGGACAUACAGGAGGACCCGGAUCCGGUGCUGGACCCUCGGGAGAAGGACCUGAACGAGACGGAGCUCAGGAGCGCGCUGGGCAGCCACUUCGACCCGCACUCCAUGUCCCUCUCCCCGCCGGAGGACAAGUAUUCGGGGAGCGAGGACGCGAGCGAGGCGAACCUGCGGCAGAAGCUCUCCGGAGCGAUGCCCAAAGACAUCCGGGCCAUGGAGUUCGAGGUCCAGCACGGCAAGAAGCAGAAGCCGAGUAAAAAACUGCGGAGAAGGCUGCAACUGUGGCUGUGGUCUUACACCGUGUGCCCGGUUGUUUACGCAUGGAACGACCUGGGCAUCAGAUUCUGGCCGCGCUACCUGAAGGUGGGGAGCUGCUACAAUAAGCGGUCUUGUUCGAUCCCUGAAGGGAUGUUCUGCAAAGCUGCCAAAUCGACUCAUUUUACGAUCCUGCGAUGGCGCUGCCUGCAGAAAAAGGGGGCUCUGAAAUGCGCCUGGAUACCCGUUCAGUACCCGGUCAUAUCAGAGUGCAAGUGCUCGUGCCUCAACUGAAAACGACUCUGUGCUGCUGCUACAAACUUUUAUCAUGAUUUGAAAGCACAAGCAGCAAAACAGCUUCAGCAGACAUGUAAAGAGUCAGGAGCACUUGUUAAGAAACGUGUCAUUAAUGAUUUAAACACAUCUCUCUGUCUUGUUCCAACGUCUUGACCUGAAAAAUAUUCAUGUAAGAAAAGUUGGACUCAAACCAAAGUGUCCGAAUCAGCUGAGGAGCACUGCGCAGGGUCAGAAUGUAAAUUUGAUGUACAUGUUUUUAUUUUAUUUUUAUGUGACGACAGAACUUUGUAUAAAAAGGAAGGUCAGUAUUAUUAAUGUAAUCAAAUCUACUGUAUUUGUUCAAUGUAUCUGGAUUGUACCUGUUUAUAUUUAUACUGGAGAUAUUUCCUGAGGUUCAAAUGAAUUUAUGGAGACAUGUGAAGAGUUCUGCUCCAGACAUCAGAGAUCCUGUUUGAAUCAGAGCUCUUCAUGACAAACUCCUCAUCUUCAGAAGCUGUAAAAUAAAAAGGGACAGUUGGUUUAUAAAUCACGUGACUGAGACUCUGUGUUCCUUCAUUUACUGCAGUAACAGUACUGAUACCACACUGUGAAAAUACUCUGUUACUGUGAACAUGUUCCCUCAGUAUGUGAGUAGGGGAGACCGGGGCUGGUUGGCACACUUUUUACUCUCUUACAUUUUUCUGUGGCAUAAUUUAUGUCAGAAUAUUCUACGUGAAAGGUUAAAGUUUCGGCUGUAAAAGAAAAAUGUGUGCGUGUGCUUGGGCAGUGACUUGCGGCAUUAGAAACCAAUGGACAAAGGCGUCCUUUAAUGUCGGCGUGAUACGCGGCCGAUUGUCAUUAUAGUUUAACAGGACCCAGGACCUUGGACGUCAUAUGUGGACGUGGAAAGUCCAUGACCAAACGUGGACAUGUGACGAGGUCGUAGUGAGGAUGUGUUGCUCAGUGGUGUUGUGUGUCCACCAAAGCGGUUUCUUUCCCUGUCACAGGGCACGUUAACUCUUUCCAGGGGCAUAAAUAUAGACAGUGUAGUUUCGCUGGGGCCAAGGGGCCCGUAGAGGGAGAGGGCCCUUGCAAGUGACUAAUUCAAGAAUGGUGUCAUUUGCUAUAUAUGUCCUCAAAGAGCAAACCCAUCUACAUCAUGGUUUACUUAAUUAUUUUUUGUUUUUUAAAACAGUCAGCAGCGAUCUAAAACAAAAU